CAGCUGGAGCAAGCUCCGUGAGUGCCAACAUGAAGGGUUUCUCCUCCUCCUUCACCACCGCUGCACUUAUUGCCAUCCUUGCGCUCCUUCCCGCGGUCGCCAUAGGCGCCGGCCUCAAGUUCGGGUUCUACAACAAGAGCUGCCCGUCGGCGGAGGCCCUGGUGCAGCAGGCGGUCGCUGCCGCCUUCAAAAACAACAGCGGCAUCGCCGCUGGCCUCAUCCGCUUGCAUUUCCAUGACUGCUUCGUCAGGGUAUGGCCUAUGAGAACCAAACGUAUGGGACACAUAGAGUUGUACCGGAGUUAUCUACCACAACCCGACAUCCCACGACCAGAUCAACUUAUUCCCAGCGCCGCAGCUGAAUGGAAAAAAGCUCAAGCAUCUGAUGCUCUGCCCAGCGACGAGACGACCGAGAGCGAGAGCCCCCUGGCGGAGAGAGCGGCUGAAGGGAAAGCGAACAAGAACAACUGCUCCGGAUCAUCCGUGGAGUUGUUCCUCUGCUUCUCCUUCUGA